CCACAGUUUUGGCUCUAUAAUUUUCUCUUGGGCAGGGGAAAGGACUGGUAACGAGUAUGAUGAGCCAUAGCUAGGUUUUAAAGGGUUAGGCCCAAAACAAUAUAGCGGUUUCUGCGCUGCAAUACAAUAAUGCAGACAGGCCUAUCAAUUAUACCACUGCUGCAAUGAGGAAGAUGAAAUUGUUAGUGUCGUCCAGCAAUGAUUGUGCGUGAAAAAUAAUUGGAGAACAGCACCAUCAAUUCAACCCAAAUAAGCCCUCACAAUUCUGGAAUUUUAGAAGACCUGAAGAUGUUUGCUCAUCUUUUCCCUGGCAACCUGAAUUUGAGUUGUCGCUGGUUGCUGCAUCCAGCAUUUAGCAGGGCAGAUGAUGCAGAAUAUGAAAUGUAUAAUGUGGAAACCAUAUUAAAGGGCAAAGUGGCAUGAUCCAUGCAUGCCCUUUAUGUUUGACAUCAAGCCUUUACUCCUCAAUUAGCUAUUCUAUCUUGAAUUAUUCUCAACUCGUUUAAAUAUGAAUUGAAUUUUCUGCACCCCAUCAUCAUUUGUUUUUUCUUGAUAAAACAUGUUAAGAAUAACUUUUAGGUUUUGCGACAUUGUAUCAUCAUGUUCCUGCCAUUUCUUUAGUGAUUGGCACUUGAGAAAUCCAUAAUCUAUAAGUUGUUUGGAAUGCAAAAAUUGCUGGGUUUUUUUGUUCUGCUAUUUGAUGUAAUGAUGAUUUUGCUAUGGUCUUCUUGAAUCCACUUCUAGUAUCAGUGCAUAACAAGUCAAUAGCAGUCUGUUCUGAUAGGAUAAGUUGGACAUUAGAUUUUUUAGUGGGCAGAUGAGCCUACUAGAUCUGUUCCCAGCUAUUAUAUUAUGGAACUGGAUGAUGUGAACCUCGUAUAUAUUUUCUAUGAACUGUCAUCAUCUUGCUUGGUAGCACUGUUAGGUGACUGUCAUAUCAUUCUGUUAAAGUAUUGUGAGAUGUAGAUAUCUAUUUCAAGUGGCUAUGUUAGAAAAUUAAGUGAAUAUGAGUGUUAAUUAAAUUAUUGAGAUAUAGUUCUUACACUGUGGAGCAUAUUUGACAUUCUUCUGAUAUCUAGAUUAAUCUUUAUACCAUAUGUGUGUAUAUGCAUGGAUGGCAUGGCCAAUGCCAGAAUUUGCCAUACUUUGGUAUGCUUCAUGCUUAAUUUUUUGAAAUUUGUUGUUGAGAGUGGGUGUAUAAAUUGACUAGAUUUCACUUUUACAUGUGAAAAUUUGUAAAUCAAAUAACCAAUUAUGGAUCCUUCUCUCCAGAUAACAGUAAUUGCUGGGUUUUUUUCUUUCAUCUUUCUCUGCAAUGCAUAUCUUCAACGGACAAAGAGUAGCAAAUGUAGCAAGAGUAGAGAGGCUCCUGAACCAGCUGGAGCAUGGCCAAUCAUUGGCCACCUCAAUCUAUUGGCCGGUGUUGAUAAGCUUCUUCACCAAACACUUGGAUCGAUGGCUGAUAAGUAUGGGCCAGCAUUCAACAUUCGCAUAGGCAGUCAUCUUGCCUUUGUGAUUUCUACUAGGGAAUUGGCAAAGGAAUGCUUCACCAUAAAUGACAAAGCCGUUGCUUCUCGUCCCACUACAGCAGCCACAAAGCACAUGUGCUAUAACCAUGCUGUAUUUGGUUUUGCACCCUACAGCUCCCACUGGCGCGAGAUGCGAAAGAUAGUAAUGCUCGAACUUCUUUCAAACCGGCGAAUUGAGAUGGUCAAGCAUGUCCAGGCAUCUGAACUUGAUCUGGGGAUAAGGAAGCUUUAUAGUCUGUGGACUGAAAAUAAUAGUCUUCCAGUGCUUGUUGAACUUAAACAGUGGUUUGAGGAUAUGACACUCAAUGUGAUCGUUAGAGCACUGGCUGGAAAGAGAUAUACUGGUUCCACUGAUGAUGAUGAGACAAGAAGGUGCCAGAAGGCAAUUUCUCAAUUCUUUCACUUGAUGGGAAUUUUUGUGGUUUCAGAUGCACUUCCAUUUCUCCGGUGGCUGGAUUUAGAGGGGCAUGAAAAGGCAAUGAAGCAGACAGCUAAGGACUUGGAUGCUGUACUUGCAGGUUGGCUGACUGAGCAUCGCCAAAAGAUAGUUUCUGGAGAGAUCAAGACUAAGGGUGAACAGGACUUCAUCGAUGUGAUGUUGUCGCUUGAGGAAAAAGGGCAAUUGUCAGGCUUCCAGUAUGAUUCAGAUACCAGCAUCAAGUCUACCUGUCUGGCUCUUAUUGCUGGUGCUAGUGACACGACAACAACCACGCUAACAUGGGCGAUCUCAUUGCUUCUGAAUAAUAAACCAGUUCUAAAGAAAGCCCAAGAAGAAUUAGACCUCCAUAUUGGCACUGGACGUAAAGUUGAUGAAUCAGACAUCAUAAACCUAGUGUAUCUUCAAGCCAUAAUCAAGGAAACUCUCCGUUUGUACCCUGUUGCUCCCAUCAUACCCCGAGAAUUCAUGGAAAAUUGUAAAAUAGGUGGGUAUCAUGUCCCAGCUGGCACUCGCUUAUUGGUAAAUGUAUGGAAGAUUCAGAGAGAUCCGAGCUUUUGGACAAAUCCCACAGCUUUCCAGCCAGAGAGAUAUAUAACAAACCAUAAAGAUGUUGAUGUUAGAGGUCAACACUACGAACUCCUGCCUUUUGGAUCUGGUAGACGAUCAUGCCCUGGUGCAUCAUUUGCACUCCAUGCUCUGCAGCUAACGCUUGCUAGGUUCCUUCAUGAAUUUGAUUUAGCAACCCCAAAUGAUCAGCCUGUUGACAUGACUGAGACACCUGGAACUACUUUACCGAAAGCAACCCCAUUAGAGGUGCUUCUUUCGCCUCGUCUUUCUGCAAAGCUCUAUAGCUGUUGAAGUUUUAAAAAGUUUUAGGAUUCAAUAAGGUGGUAUUUAAGGUGAUUUGAACAGGCUUUGUUAUGAAUUAGAUUUGUGUAUUUGUUUUCUGUAUUUUGUGUUAUAAAGAACAGGUUCUUCUUACCCUGUUCUGCCUUUCCAAGCUCACUGCAGUCUGCAGGCUGAGGGUUGGGCAUGUAUUUUUCCAAACAAAUGUGUUCUUUGAGCUCACAGGGCUCUCUAUGAAGCUUGAACCACUACUCUGUCGGUGGAUGCAUCACAAAUCCGAUACGUUUGGCUAAACUUAGCUCCAAAAGUAGAGCUCUACAUUUGGUUGGCAGGUAGACAAAGAUUUGUAUUCAGGGUAUAUCCUUUCAAUGCUGGUUUGAUACCAAUUGCACAGAAUAAAUGGUCCUAACUUUGUGGACAUUUUGUUCAAUCUGUAAUUUCUUUCUGUUUUGGUGGGUUGUAAGAGUAUCUCUGUUCAUGAAAUGGAAAUCUUUGGC